AUGGCACAGGUCCUCACAGGCCAUGGGCCCUUUGCCGAGUACCUGUGCCGUUUCAGGCUGGAACAAUCCAUCCCACACCUACUUUUGGAGUGCCCCAUUUUUGCCUCCUCCAGAUGCGACCUGGAACAGAUGACAGGCAUGUCGCUUAGUCUUCAGGGACUGCCCGACAUGCUAGUCUGUAACAGAUCGCACCUGGAGGAUUUUUGCCAAAAAAUUACCAAAAGAACAGCUAAGUUCAAUGAGAGUAAGGCCGGGGCGGGGAUCGCGAGGCGGCCGGCGCCCACUUGCCAAUGA